AUGCUCUGGCAAAAACCCACGGCUCCGGAACAAGCCCCGGCCCCACCGCGGCCGUACCAGGGUGUCCGCGUGAAGGAGCCAGUGAAGGAACUGCUCCGGAGGAAACGUGGCCACGCCAGCAGCGGGGCGGCUGUCACACCUACGGCGGUGGUGCUGCCCCAUCAGCCCCUGGCGACCUACACCGCAGUGGGUCCUUCCUGCCUUGACAUGGAGGUCUCUGCUUCCACGGUGACAGAGGAGGGGGCCCUGUGUGCCGGCUGGCUCUCCCAGCCUGCCCCGGCCACCCUCCAACCCCUGGCCCCGUGGACACCCUACACGGAGUACGUGUCCCACGAAGCCGUCAGCUGCCCCUACUCAGCGGACAUGUACGUGCAGCCCAUGUGCCCGAGCUACACAGUGGUGGGGCCCUCCUCCGUGCUGACCUAUGCCUCCCAGCCGCUCAUCACUAACGUCACGACGAGAAGUGCGGCUGCGCCCACAGUGGGGCCCCAGCUGGAGGCCCCGGAGCACCAGGCGCCCCUCACCUACUUCCCAUGGCCUCAGCCCCUGUCCACACUGCCCACCUCCACCCUGCAGUACCAGCCUCCGGCCCCAGCCCUGCCCGGGCCCCAGUUUGUCCAGCUGCCCAUCUCCAUCCCCGAGCCAGUCCUCCAGGACAUGGAAGACCCCAGGAGAGCCAUGAAUUCCCUGACCAUCGACAAGCUACUUUUGGAGGAAGAGGAUGGUGACGCCUACGCACUCAACCACACGCUGUCCGUGGAAGGCUUUUAGGGUGUGCUCCCGCCUGAG